AUGGAAGCUGAAAAUGGAAAUGUAGUUGCAGAAAAGAAGGAAAAUCAGGGCAAUGCCGAGGAGCAAGCGUAUUUGCAGUUGAUUCGUGAUAUUAUCGGCAAGGGUAGCAAACGUCUCGAUCGUACGGGCGUUGGCACUUUGUCGAUAUUUGGCGGCCAGAUGCGUUUCAGCCUACGCGACGGAGUUAUACCGUUGCUAACAACGAAGAAAGUGUUUUUUAGAGGUGUUGCUGAGGAGCUGCUGUGGUUUAUCAAAGGCUCAACUAACGCCAAGAAACUGCAAGCGAAGGGGAUUCGCAUCUGGGACGGUAACAGCACACGAGAGUAUCUGGAUUCGUGUGGCUUUACGGAUCGUGAGGAAGGUGAUUUAGGGCCCGUUUACGGUUUCCAGUGGCGUCACUUUGGUGCAACGUACAAAACGUGCCACGACGAUUACACAGGGCAAGGCAUCGAUCAGCUGGCGAAAGUGAUCGACACAAUAAAAAACAAUCCCUACGAUCGUCGUAUCAUUAUGAGCGCUUGGAAUCCUUCCGACAUUCCCAUCAUGGCACUGCCACCGUGCCACUGUUUGGCACAGUUUUUUGUUGCUGAUGGAGAGCUCUCCUGCCAGAUGUAUCAGCGAUCGGCCGAUGUUGGCUUGGGCGUGCCGUUUAACAUUGCUAGCUACUCACUGCUGACCCAUAUGAUCGCUCAUGUCACUGGACUGAAGGCAGGAGAAUUUAUACAUACCACUGGAGAUACACACAUCUAUCUGAACCAUGUCGAUGCGCUUCGUGAACAAAUCGAAAGGACACCGGACAAAUUUCCGACCCUCGUAAUCAAGCGCAAGGUGGAGUCGAUCGAUGAUUUUAAUUUUGCUGAUUUUGAAAUCGUAAAUUACAAUCCUCAGUCUGCGAUAAAGAUGCAAAUGGCUGUUUAA